CUCAGCUCUGCUUUGCGCAUGCUGUUCCAUUUGCCUGGAAUAGUUUCCCAUUUGCCUGGAAUAGUUUCCUUGCCUCCCUCACCUGUCCAUCAUUCUUUUGGUCUUUGUUAGAUGCAGCUUCCUUCAGGAAGCCGUCCUCCAUCUCCCCCUCCCAUCUCUUCAGACUGCAUUGAAAUUGCUGGUUUACUGUCUGGAUCUCCCUCACUGCUUGUUCCCCGGGGAGGAGGGCCAUCCCUGUCACCAGCGGUUCUGGGACUGCUGGUGUGGACACUUAUCGCUGGAACUGAGUACUUCCGAGUCCCUGCAUUUGGCUGGGUCAUGUUUGUAGCCGUGUUCUACUGGGUCCUCACUGUCUUCUUCCUCAUCAUCUACAUCACCAUGACCUACACCAGGAUUCCCCAGGUGCCCUGGACCACGGUGGGUCUGUGCUUUAACGGCAGUGCCUUCGCCUUAUACCUCUCAGCCGCAAUCGUGGACGCGUCUUCUGUCUCCCUGGAGAGGGACAGUCACAACUUCAACAGCUGGGCGGCCUCGUCGUUCUUUGCCUUCCUGGUCACCAUCUGCUACGCUGGAAACACAUAUUUCAGUUUUGUAGCUUGGAGAUCCAGGACCAUACAGUGAUUCACCAUAUGGAGAAUUAAAAGAAGGAACAGAAAAGGAAGAAUCUCACUGUAAAAACAGCUGUAGGUAUAAUGUAUAUUCCCAGAGAAUUGUAUUUAACUGAUGUUUUUAUGUACUUAGUUAAAUUUACUCACGGUGGUUUGUUACAGUUAAACCACAUUCUUAUUUGCAAAGUGCUGUCGCUUAUACUGAACUCUUAAACAUCUUGUUGAUGUCUUCAUAGACCUUAUUUUCUUAGGCAGUGUAUAGAUAAAUUGCUAAUACGAAGAAUGCGUCGAAUUUGUAAACCUAACUUUUGAAAUGCCAGAUUCUUUUUUGAUUAAAUGUUUCAGAAUCUUGGGUCACGUUGUGUCUGAUUGAAGCGAGGAGCCCUGUUGCUGAAGCCUGAGGCUGGGUGCUGCGGGGAAUGCUUCAUCCUCACAGGGCUGGCCAGGUGCGAUACUGCCAGGAGACGCUUGUCCACAGCCCCCAGGCCUGGGUGAUAGGGGAGACCUGCCUCCCCAGGUCCAGGGAUCAUCAGUGCCCACGAUUCUCAUGCUCACCAGUUGGUCCAGAAAGCAUCUAAGGAGACACUAGCCUUGGAGCCCAGUAAUGAGCUCGCCCCUGACUGCUGUGCUAGUGGUAUUUUUUCUAACACACAUUAAAAUAAGUGCAUAACCUUUAAAAAGACAAACACUUGCAUGUUCUUUAAAAUCAUCUGUCUGACCACGGAGACAUGGGUACCACAUUUGGUGCAAAGUAUCAGACCAAAAGGUCCCAGAUCUCCAAUCUCCAGCCCUAAUGUUUUGUAAUGUUGUUAGAUACCAUCAGACAUUGGGAAGAACCCACUUGGCAAGGCACAUGUGCACUUAGAGGAAGCACUUUUAGGCAGGAUGGUUCUUGCUGGUAUGGCAGUGUAUCUUUGGUGAUUUUUCAACCUGAGCCUCUUUUGAAAAACAAAAAACCACAGAAACGUUAGUAUAGUUGGCGACAGGAUUUCAGCCGCACGCUGUGGAUGUGGCCUUGCGGUUGCUGCUCUCCUGCGCUUGGGUGGCCGUGCUGUUUCUUUGUUGUUUGUUGUUUGUGUUGGUUUUCCUGUUGAUCUGAUUCUAAUUCCUUAUCCUGGCUCUGAUUCCCCCUGUAUAGGAGAGUCGGAUUUCUUCAGUAUUUGAAGGAAAGGAUCCAUGAAGAGUGUUCUUGGGUCCAAGGAGGAAGUGGGCGGGGACACCAGGUGUGAGAGGUGGCUGUGGGGUGUGGAUGUGUGGGAACGGGUGGGCGUUGGGGGCUCCAGCGGCCUCUGAGUCUGACAUUUAGCCAUGAAGUUUCAGUCUCAGCAGCGCAGACCUGCGGGUGAUCAGAGCUGCGCUCUUUCUGUAGCUGCAUUUGCAGGCAUCACCCAGAGAGCCUCUGACUCACUGAUUUUUCCAAGAAGAGCUGAAAUAACUAGUCAGGAUUUUUGUGUGCUCUGCCUCUGUGUCCAUCUCUCCCUCUCACGGUCCCAGAAGCGUACUCGUCUUCCACGUACCCUGUAGCUUUUUGAAGUACUUUCUUUUGCAGUCAAGUCUCCAUAAAAGGCAGAAAACCUAUAACCUAAGAGGUCUGUUUCUGGAAACAGUCAUAAAGAAAGAAGCCUACUUUUAUGUUCUUCUUUUCUGUGUGUGUGUGUGUGUGUGUGUGUGUGAUUUAUAUAAUCAUGGCCACAUUUAUAGGAAGUAACUUCUGGGGUGAAAGGUUUCGUAAACUACUGUAAAAUGCCCUCCAAAUAGGCUACAACCAUAGGCCUUCCCUGAACCAACAGCACCAAAGAUACCUAUUUCAAGAGAGCAAUGAUUCAUUUGUGUCCAGGGGGACUUGCUGUCAGGUCUUUGUGUUUUUAUUUGUGGCUUUUCAGUAGUGUGACCCUUUGUAUUACCUUAAAAAAAACAACAAACCCCAAACAAAACCCAAAACAUUUAUUUUUAGCUGAAAGGAAAUUAUUAUUUCUUCUUUUGAAUACCGAGUUGGCUCAUGAAUAAUUUUUAAGUGUGUGUUUCUAGACAACAGAAUGCUUCUCUGUUGUUCAGCUAAAGCUAUCAGUUUUAAACUGGGUUUACCUUUUCUUUUGUGAAAGAAUUAAAAAACAAAGCCACAUGCAGCACAGCCAGCGUAAGAAGAAUAGGGUUCUAGGGUUGAAAAAUAUUAUUGCAAGGAUUGUAGUGAGUAUCUUCUCUGCCAUCUAAGCUCACUGUCUGCAUUCACCUCUCAGCCCCUCCAAGACCAUCACAUUCUCUUGGAUGGCGCUGGGUGGGUUUUUAAUUUGAUGUGUUUACCCGCUUGUGGCAAAUCAAUGAAAUGCCUUAGGCAUUUAAUCUCUCCUUUGCAAUUUCCAAAUCAUAGCCCGCAAAGAUAAAUGUUUAGCCAGUAUUUUAAAACUGUAAGAAAAUCUAGAUGCAGGAAUAUUCACUGUCAGUUACUUUUGCACAUUUUUAAAUUGCUCCCUUCAUAGAAAUAGCCCCUCAGGGUACCAGCACACAAAAGAUUUUAAAUACACAAAAUAUCUCUGGAUAGAGCAGAGACAUUUAAAAGCACUAACCAAAGGUGCAGGCCUGGGUAGAAAAUCAAUUUGAAGUUCAUAUUUCUGUUCCCUAGACAAUUACUAAAUUGAAAAGAUAGAUUUUUUUUUUUUU